AUGAUAACACGGAGAUGGUUCCAUCCAUAUCUAAAUGGUGUGGAUGCAGAAAAGUUACUUUUGGACCGUGGGCGAGAUGGUUAUUUUUUAGCUAGGCCAAGCAUGAGCAACAAAGGUGAUUUUACACUAUCUGUAAGAAGAGGAAGUGAGGUAACACACAUCAAAAUUCAAAAUAAUGGAGAAUUUCUUGAUCUUUAUGGAGGUGAAAAGUUUGCUACUCUCUCAGAACUAGUCCAAUAUUAUAUGGACAAUCAAGGCCAGCUGCGUGAAAUAAGUGGUAGUAUAAUUAGGUUAAAAACACCUUUAAAUUGUGCUGAUCCUACAACUGAAAGGUGGUACCAUGGUCAGCUUACAGCUAAAGAGGCAGAAAGAAUGAUGCUGGAAAAUGGUAGAAGUGGUUCGUUUCUUGUAAGAGAAUCACAAAGGCAACCUGGUGAUUUUGUUUUAUCAGUGCGCACAAGAGAUCGUGUAACACACGUCAUAAUAAGACGUAAAGACAAUAAGUAUGAUGUUGGUGGAGGUCAACAGUUUGAUGACCUCGUUAGCCUAAUUGAACACUACCGCAAUUACCCCAUGGUUGAAACAACAGGGGAUGUUCUCAGACUAAUACAACCCUUUAAUGCUACUCGUAUUCAGGUACAACACUUUCAUACACGUGUCAAACAAUUACAAAAAGAAAAUGAGGGUCCAAUAGAAAGCAUGGCAUAUAAACAAGGUUUUUGGGAAGAGUUUGAGACAUUACAGAUGAUGGAAAACUUGCAGUUAUUUGAUAGGAUGGAAGGUUCAAAACCUGAGAAUAUAAGAAAAAAUAGAUACAAAAAUAUUAUACCCUUUGACCAUACAAGAGUGGUUUUAAAUGAUAUUCCUCCAGAUGCCCCACCUGGUUCUGAUUAUAUUAAUGCUAACUACAUUAGGUCUGAUUUUAUUGACACACCAGAGCAUGAUACUAAUGGAACAUAUGAAAAUUCCUCUCAACAUGGCUUUUCUAAACGAGAUCUAAAAGAUAAGUCAUCUCCAGUACACACCCCAGUUAUUAUAACAGAAGAAACUCCUUCAGAAACUGGAAAGACAAAUGGAACUUACAAACCAAAAACUGAGCCUUCAAUCCCUCAACCUACAAAUUAUAUUGAUGCAGUUGGCCAAAAAAGAGUACAGAAAAAUGUAGUUAAUGGGGACCCAGAAAAUGUGUACAACAAACUAUACAUUGCUACACAAGGAUGCCUUUCCACCACAAUUUAUCAAUUCUGGUCAAUGAUAUGGCAGGAAGAUGUGCGCAUUAUUAUUAUGACUACAAAAGAGAUUGAGCGUGGCAAAGUAAAAUGUGAACGUUACUGGCCUGAAGUAAAUAAAACAGAAGUUAUAAAGAAAUACACUAUUUAUAAUGAAUCUGAAUCAUCAACUCAAGAUUAUACACUAAGACGCUUUAUUGUAACAAAAAAGGAUGAGUCUGAUGUAAAAAGGACUAUAUACCACUUUCACUUUACUGCAUGGCCAGAUCAUGGUGUCCCUUCAGAGCCAGGCCGAGUACUGAACAUUUUACUAGAUGUGAAUUUCAGGCUGCAGCAGAUUAUGACAGGCCCGGAGCCACCUGAGCAAGCUGUAGUGUGUGUCCACUGCUCAGCUGGUAUUGGUCGCACAGGCACUUUCAUUGUCAUUGACAUGAUAUUGGAUCAAAUAAGGAAAGAAGGGUUUGACUGCGAAAUCGACGUACAUCGCACUGUACAAAUGGUAAGAGACCAGCGCUCUGGUAUGGUCCAGAAUGAAGCUCAGUACAAAUUUAUUUACAUGGCCUUGUUAGAAUUUAUUGAAACUGAAAAGCAACGGGUGGGUUUAAUAGCAGCGGAACCUGCGCCUGAUUCGCCCCGUGUAUGA